AAACCAGUUACGAUUUACCCGCCGAACGUUCUUGACGCCUUCCUAAACAAAAAGUACGUAAAAAACGUUGUGAAUGAACUAAGUUUACGCGACGUAGUAAGUUGUGAGUGAUGAUUCAGUGAAACGUUUUCUAAAUUCAAUUUCGUGCAGAAUCUAAAGGUGACAUCAUAAAUUUCAAGAAGUAACAUCAUUGAAAUAACGACUUUUGGAGUUUAAAAGUGGCAAUGGGCAUGGGCGGGGCUAUGGACAGCUGUGGCAGGUGUAUGAAGGUGUCACUCAUAGCGGUCAACGUUAUUAUAUUUCUUAGUGGUGCGGUCGCUUUGGCGGUGGGCACGUGGGUAUGGGUAUCCCGUUCAUUCUCAAGCACGUUGAUGAACAAUAACAUGUUCAUCGCCUCAGUCGCAGUUGUGGUCGUGUCUGGCGCCGCCAUGAUGCUGCUCUCCGUGCUUGGAUGCUGCGGCGCUGCUAAGGAAGUGAAAUGUAUGCUGCUUACGUAUUACAUAUUAAUCUUCAUAAUCUUUGUCGUGGCGCUUGUGGGCGGAAUACUGCAGUUCGUGUUCCGUGAGAAAGUUCACACAACACUUGAUCGCGAGAUGUUUGCAUCUAUACCGUACUACGGCGUGAAGCACGAGUACACAAAGGCCUGGGACGACACGCAGACAUUCCUGCAGUGCUGCGGCGUAAGGAGUCAUAACGACUGGAAUGGCAAUGUCCCGGAAAGCUGCUGCAAAGAGGUUUAUACAGGAAAGCGAUUGGAUUGUAAAAGCUCUCCGAAUCCAACAACGAUGUACACGGACGGUUGUCUUGAAAAAGCUGUCAAUUUCUUGAGAGAAAAUGCGGUGAAUGUUGGAGCGACAGCUAUUGUAACCGCUAUUAUAAUGGCGCUGGCGUUAGUAUUUUCGUGCGGGCUGUUCGUGAAAAUCGAGUAACCUAUAGUGAUGUGACCAAAGUUAUCGACGUUUUUUUUUUGUUGUUUGAUUGACUGAAUUGAUUGACGUUGAUUAUUAACGUUCUUUAGCUAUGGCUGUUAGCUCGGUGUCAUAUUUUGUAUUACAUUUUCUAAUUUAUUUAAAAAAUACAUAUUGAAAUAAAAGUAUUAUGUAUUACAAUAUACUUUUUUUAUUUUGAUAUUAUGCUCAACUAAAAUAAUUUAAUUUCUAUUUUCCGAAAAAAAUUAAGCACCCAUUUUAACAAAUUCAAAAACCGAUCAAGUCUGAGCUGGGCCUCGCUCUAGUAACAUUACGUGCAUGGGCAUGCAACUUAGAACAUUAUUUUACGAACAAAAUGAUACGUUUUAUUUGCUUCCAUCUACAUUCCGAAGUGCUAGGCUAGACUUAUUUUCAUCUCACUAGAGGGCACACUUAUAUAUUAAGUCUAUGCAUACGCAAUGAUCCAUGCGCACUAGCACUACGCAGUUAGUAGCGGUCACUGGUAGUUACGCUUAAAUUAUUAUUAAUAUUUAAUGAACAUUAUUUAUUUUUAGAAAAUGCCGUUUUAUCUGUGUUUUCAGGCAAUAAAAAACUGCUAAAAUAUUAUUAGAAUACGAAGGUAAAUUUCGCCACUACAUACAAGGUUAUAAAAGCUCAGAUGGGUAUCCUGGCGGACCCGAAACCAAAAAAUCCCGGUCCGAGUCCGGCAGAUGUGUUUUAUUUUUUUUCGCUUUUUUUGCAAGUUCAUUCUUUUGUAAGAAUUAAGCGCCAUCUGUUCGGCUAAGCACGACACUAACGAAAAUUAAAUUUGAGUCGCGCAUCUAUCUCUAGUAUAUAUACAGUAAUCUAUGAUUACGUGCUAAUAUGACCAAUUAAAUAGAUAGUUUUAAAGCUAGACAUCGCAACAACGCGUGAUAGAUAAAAAAGGCCAAAAAAUAUUCGUUUGUUUUGGUCACAGCUAUAUCUAUUAAAAUCAAUGUUUUCAGAAUUUGUUAGCGGCCUCCCAGUUCCAUAUUUUUGAAGAUAAAUAAGAACUUAAAAUUUUAUUUUGCUUUACUCAAUGAACUCUAGAUAAUGGCACUCAGAGUCGAAUUUUUUUCGGCUUCUUUUUCAUGUGGGACCUUCCUGCAAAAUCAUUUAGUGGAAUUUCUGAUUCAAUAUUCGGUUUUAGGUAAACAUUCCACGACAAAUUGUUAAACAAGGAUUUUAAAGAAUAAUAAAAACAUAUUUUAAAAUUAAUUUUGCUUUAAUGUAGAAAUUAUUAUUGCAUUGAUUGAGAACAUAGGAUAAUUUUACAUCUCAUUCGGAAAUAUUGUUGAAAUUAAUGUUUUAAAAAAGUUUUGUGUAUAGGUAAUACUAAAUUAUAAAUGUGCUAAAAUAUUAUGUCAAGUUAGAAAUUAAAAACAUGGAUCUGUUUGAUUUGUUUAGAAUAUAUCAAUAAAUUGAAAAAUGCUGAUAUGGUAUACACACAAAGAUCAUUAUAUAAUUUAAAAUUG